AUGGAGAAGGAACACUACAACGUCGACGAGUCCUCGUCGCCUGACUACAACGGAAAUCAUGCUCGUUCCCAAUAUGUAGAUCCGACUACCGGUCAUGCAACAAAAUCUGCUGGCUUGCAUGAAGCUGGUGAGCUCUAUGGAAACAUUGAGACUGCUGAAGAAUAUGGUUACGUUUCUCGAGGACUGAAAUCGAGACACAUUCAAUUCAUUGCGCUUGGUGGUACCAUUGGUACUGGUCUUUUCUUGGGUAUUGGAAGUGCUCUUACACAAGCCGGUCCUCUCUCGUUGCUCUUGGGCUAUAGUAUCACUGGUAUUGCCAUCUUUGCCAUGAUGCAGUGCUUGGGUGAGAUGGCUACAUGGUUACCUCUACCUGGAGCCAUCCCACAAUUCGCUGCUCGUUAUGUUGAUGAUGCGCUCGGAUUUGCUGUCGGAUGGAAUAACUGGUAUUCUGCCGCGAUUACCUUGUGUGCGGAAAUCUCAGCUGCUGCAGUCGUCAUUCAAUACUGGCCAGGAGCAGUGCAUAUCAAUGUCGCCGCAUGGAUCAGUUUAAUUAUCGUUCUUGUCAUCUGCCUUAACAUCUUCGCUGUGUCCAUCUACGGAGAAGCCGAGUUCGUCUUCGCCAGUAUCAAAAUUAUUACAAUCGUGGGGCUUUUGAUCAUGGCAUUUAUUGUGGACCUCGGAGGAAACCCUAGGCAUGAUCGUCUUGGUUUCCGUUACUGGAAACACGGACAAUUCAUGUUGCAAUACGACUCCACUGGAGACACAGGUCGAUUCCUCGGUCUCUUCUCAACUCUCGUCAACGCCGCCUUCUCAUAUGGUGGUGUUGAGAUGGUCGCUGUAGCCGCUGGUGAAGCCGAAAAUCCACGCAAGAAUAUUCCAAAGGCUGUCCGCAGAGUUUUCUGGAGAAUUUUGUUCUUUUAUGUCCUUGGUUCAUUGGCUAUUGGUGUCCUUGUUUCCUCCAGCGAUGAACAUUUGCUCAAGGCUCAAGCCGCAGGUGCCGCAGGUGCCGCUCGAUCUCCAUGGGUUAUUGGUAUCCAAAACGCCGGUAUUCCAGUAUUGCCAUCGAUUAUCAAUGCAGUCAUCUUAACCUCCGCCACUUCAUCCGCCAAUGCCUUUUUGUAUACCGGAUCUCGUUACUUGUUCGCCCUUGCCCAGAACAAGCAAGCCCCAAAAUUCCUUCUCCGAUGCAGCAAGGCAGGUGUUCCAUACUGGGCUGUUUUGUGCACAGCUUCAAUCUCGCUUAUCACAUUUUUGUCAGUCGGUUCCGGUGGCGCCUCAACCGCUUUUACGUGGUUCCAAAAUUUGACCACCAUUGCUUCCCUUUUCACCUGGUGCUCCAUUUGCGUCGCGUACAUCAAAUUCCACAACGCUUUGGUAGCCCAAGGUGUCGAUAGAAACACUCUUGUCUUCAAGAGUAGAUUCCAGCCAUACACGGCCUGGAUCGCUUUGGGUUUCUUCGUCAUGAUCAUCCUCUUCAAUGGAUUUGAUGUCUUUGUUGGCAAGAACCACUCCCACUGGAAUGUUACCAAUUUCCUCACCGCAUACAUCGGAAUUCCGAUCUUCUUUUUGCUUUACGGAUUUUGGAAGGUUUUCAAGCGCACCAAGUGGAUCCCGUCAGCUGAUGCCGAUAUCUACACUGGUAAGGCAGCCUUGGAUGCAGAGGAUGACCAAUGGCCAGAUUUGGUGCCAAGAAAUAUGUUGGAGAAGAUCUGGUUCUGGAUUGCGUAG